UUUUUUGUCAUUUUGUUCUGCGUAGCAUAUUCAGUAACAAAGAAAUGCCUACAUACCCGCCAACUUAAUUUUGAGAAGUUUGGCGUUUUCAAUAAAACCCGCCAUCUCUACCGGGAUGUGUAUCAGAAGCAUGAUAAAGACGACAUCGUCAUCGAAUUCGAGAUGCAUUAUACCAGCAACGGGUUCACACUAACAUACUAUCCCGCUGUCAUACUUUCCCGUAUGAGGAAACCUGCAACUUAUUUGUUGUAUCCUGCUGACAAAUCAGCACCUCCAGAGGUCUCUAGGAAAGAAUUCAUAGAAUUUUUGUAUAGUUGUCGAUAG